UAGCUUUUGAAAACAUCUCAUUAAUUGUUCCUCCACUCAUGGAGCUCUAUAUGAUCAUUUCCUCAUUUUAUCCUCUCUUAUUGGCUUUUGUAUUUUCAUUGUUUGUUGUGGCAAGAGCAACAAAGAGAUACUCAAGAACGAAAAAACAAAAUUCAAAAGUGCUUCCAGGGCCAUGGAAACUACCCAUAAUUGGGAACUUGCACCAACUGUUUGGUCUAUUACCACAUCAUGCUCUCACGGAACUAUCCAAAAAACAUGGUCCCAUUAUGCAUCUACAAUUGGGUGAGGUUUCAACUGUCGUCGCCUCUUCGGCCAAAAUGGCCAAGCUGAUAAUGAAGACGCAUGACAUCACUUUUGCAGAUAGAGGAGAAUCAAUUGUAACAGAGAUUAUGACCUACAAUUAUACAGAUGUUACAUUCGCUCCUUAUGGUGAUUACUGGAGACAUAUGCGAAAGAUAUUCGUACUAGAGCUUUUAAGUACUAAACGUGUACAGUUUUUCAGGUCUAUAAGGGAGGAGGAGGUUUCAAAUCUCAUACACGAUGUUUCGUCAAUAGCUCAGUUACGCACGAGUAUUAAUCUCACUGAAAGAAUCUCUUCAUUAACAAAUGAUGUAACGGCGAGAGCCGCAUUUGGUAAGGUAUGCAAAGAUAAGGCGACCUUCAUAUCAUCUAUGAGAGAUGCAACUAGGUUGGGCAGUGGUUUUGCCUUUGCUGAUCUAUUCCCAUCACUAAAAUUCCUUCAUGUCAUCACCGGGACUAAGUCCAAAGCAGAGAUGUUACAUCAGGAGAUCAACCGAAUCCUUGGGAACAUCCUCAAUGCUCACAGAGAGAAGAAGGUAGUGGUUAUAUCUGGCAUGGCAGAUGAUGAUGAUUUUUAUGAAGAAGAUUUCGUAGAUGUUCUUCUUCGACUGCAAGGCAACAGCGAACUAGAAUAUCCCUUGACAGACGACAACAUUAAAGCAAUUCUCUUCGACACUUUCACCGCAGGCACUGACCCUGCAUCAACCACAAUAGAAUGGGCGAUGUCAGAAAUACUGAAGAACGCAAGAGUGAUGAAGAAGGCGCAAGACGAAGUCAGACAUGUCUUACACAAAAGCAAGACGAUAGACGAGACUGAAUUACAUGAACUAAUAUACUUAAAACAAGUUAUAAAUGAAACUCUGAGGCUACAUCCUCCUCUUCCUCUCUUACUCCCACGACAAUCCAGAGAGAGCUGUGAGAUUGAUGGGUAUGAGCUACCGAAUAAAUGCAAAGUCAUUGUCAAUGCUCUAGCAAUAGGCAAAGAUCCAGAAUACUGGUCUGAUCCAGAGAGUUUUAAACCAGAGAGGUUUGAUGGAAGUCCUAUUGACUAUAAAGGGACUAAUUUUGAGUAUAUACCAUUUGGGGCAGGUAGGAGGAUGUGUCCAGGUAUGAAUUUCGGUAUAGCCUUGGUGGAGGUAGUGCUAGCCCAGUUAUUAUAUCACUUUGAUUGGAAACUCACGGAUGGGUUGAAGCUUGAGGACUUGGAUAUGUCAGAAAUCUUUGGUAUAAGUGUUAGAAGAAAGAACGAUUUAUGCUUGAUGCCCAUCACUUACAGCCCGUCCCUAAUUUAUGAGUAAAUAAUUAGGAACAGAUAUAUAUAUAUAUAUAAAUAUGUAUGUAUCUGAAUAAUCUAAUAGUACGUUAUUUUCUCUUUUUUUAUCUUCUUAUGAUGGAAGUGUGUGAUCGGUUUUGUGUGAGAUUGUAUUAUCACCUUAUGAAAUGAAGUAUGCGAAUAGUUUUUUU